AUGUUGUUCCCGCGCAGGCUUUUGGCGCUGUCGAGGCCAUGUCCGACCGUCUUUGUAUCGCAUCCAAGGGCAAGAAAAAAGUGCACAUCUCCGCUGAGGACUUGGUUUCCUGCUGCACUGGGUGCGGCAAUGGCUGCAAUGGCGGCUAUCCGGAUUCCGCCUGGAACUAUUGGGUGGAAUCCGGCCUCGUGUCCGGCGGAAACUACAACUCCAACGAGGGCUGCCGACCUUACUCCAUCGCUGCCUGCGAGCACCACGUCAACGGCUCGCGCCCGGCCUGCGGUGGCGAGGAAGGCGACACCCCCGCGUGCACCAGGCAGUGCGAGGCCUCUUACAACAAGGACUACGACAGCGACCGCGUCUUCGGUGAGUGAGCCUCGCGGCUCAUCAUCUC